AUGUCGGUGGUGGGCCUGGACGUGGGCUCCCAGAGCUGCUACAUCGCCGUGGCCCGGGCCGGGGGCAUCGAGACCAUCGCCAACGAGUUCAGCGACCGCUGCACCCCAUCGGUGAUUUCUUUCGGAUCGAAAAACCGAACGAUUGGAGUGGCCGCUAAAAACCAGCAAAUCACUCACGCGAACAACACGGUCUCGAACUUCAAGAGAUUCCAUGGCCGGGCGUUUAAUGACCCUUUCGUUCACAAGGAGAAGGAAAAGCUGAGUUUUGACUUGAUUCCCAUGAAGAACGGCGGCGUUGGAAUAAAGGUAAUGUACAUGGACGAGGAGCAUUUCUUCAGCGUGGAGCAGAUCACAGCCAUGCUGUUGACCAAACUAAAGGAGACGGCCGAGAACAACCUCAGGAAGCCAGUGACUGACUGCGUCAUCUCCGUUCCCUCCUUCUUCACCGAUGCCGAAAGGAGAUCAGUCCUGGAUGCUGCUCAGAUCGUUGGCCUGAACUGCCUAAGGCUGAUGAACGACAUGACCGCGGUUGCUUUGAAUUACGGGAUCUAUAAGCAAGACCUUCCGGCCCUAGAAGAGAAGCCCCGGAUAGUGGUGUUUGUGGACAUGGGACACUCUGCUUUCCAAGUGUCUGCGUGUGCUUUUAACAAGGGCAAGCUGAAGGUCCUGGGCACGGCCUUCGAUCCUUUCUUGGGGGGCCGGAAUUUCGACGAGAAGCUAGUGGACUACUUUUGUGCCGAAAUCCAAGCCAAGUACAGACUGGAUCCCAGGUCCAAAAUCCGAGCCCUCCUGCGCCUCUACCAGGAGUGCGAGAAACUGAAGAAGCUGAUGAGCUCUAACAGCAUGGACUUGCCCCUGAACAUCGAGUGCUUUAUGAACGACAUCGACGUCUCUGGGAAAAUGAACAGAUCCCAAUUUGAAGAGCUGUGCGGCGAUCUUCUUCAGAAGAUAGACACUCCUCUGCACACCCUAAUGGAGCAAACCCAACUGAGAGUAGAAGACAUAAGUGCGGUGGAGAUUGUCGGAGGGACUACGAGAAUCCCCGCGGUUAAGGAGAAGAUCGCCAGAUUCUUUGGCAAAGACGUCAGCACGACGCUGAACGCGGACGAGGCCGUCGCAAGAGGUUGUGCCCUUCAGUGUGCAAUCCUUUCCCCGGCCUUUAAAGUAAGGGAGUUUUCGGUCACCGAUGCCGUCCCUUUCCCGAUCUCUCUCGUCUGGAGCAACGAUUCGGAAGACACCGAUGGGGCUCAUGAGGUAUUUAGCCGAAACCAUGCAGCUCCUUUCUCCAAAGUUCUUACCUUCUAUAGAAAGGGACCAUUUGAGCUAGAAGCCUUCUACUCUGACCCCGCAGGUGUCCCUUACCCUGAAGCAAAAAUUGGCCGCUUUGUGGUCCAGAAUAUUUCAGCCCAGAAAGAUGGAGAGAAGUCUAAGGUGAAAGUCAAAGUGCGUGUUAACACCCACGGCAUCUUCACCGUCUCUACGGCAUCUAUGGUAGAGAAGGUUCAGUCGGAGGAAAACGAAGACCCCUCCGUCGAGGGCGACGUGGACUGUCAGAACCACAGACCAGCGGAAAACUCAGACAAUGAUAAAAAUGUCCAGCAAGACAACAGUGAAGCUGGACCAGAGCCCCAGGUACAAACCGAUGACCACCAAACUCCACAGUCUCCCCCUCCACCUGAACCUCCCUCCGAAGAACACAAAAUUCCAGACGCUGACAAAGGAAACGAGAAGAAAGGCGACCAGCCUCCAGAAGCCAAAAAGCCCAAGAUGAAGGUGGUGAACGUGGAACUGCCAGUUGAAGCAAACUUGGUGUGGCAGCUGGGCAGAGACCUUCUCAACUUGUACAUUGAGACAGAGGGCAAGAUGAUCAUGCAGGACAAACUGGAGAAGGAGAGGAACGAUGCCAAAAACGCCGUGGAGGAGUACGUGUACGAGUUCCGGGACAAGCUCUCUGGGCCUUAUGAGAAGUUUGUGGGGGAGCAGGAUCUGCAGAGCUUUUUGAGGCUCCUGACAGAAACCGAAGACUGGCUGUACGAGGAGGGAGAAGACCAGGCCAAACAGGCCUACGUAGACAAACUGGACGAACUGACGAAACUGGGUACCCCCAUUAAGAUCCGAUGUCAAGAAGCCGAGGAACGGCCCCGGGCGUUUGAAGAACUGGCCCAGAGGCUGCAGCACUAUGCCAAGAUAGCCGGGGACUACAGAAACAAGGAUGAGAAAUACAUCCACGUCGACGCAACCGAAAUGAAGAAGGUGGAGAAAUCCGUCAACGAAGUGAUGGAGUGGAUGAACAACGCCCUGAACGCCCAAGCUAAGCAAAACCUCGCUCAGGAUCCGGUUGUCCGCGCAAGCGAAAUAAAAGCCAAAGUGAAGGAACUGAGCAGCGUGUGCGAGCCGAUCGUCACCCAGCCCAAACCCAAAGUUGAAUCCCCCAAGCAAGACAAGCCUCCGAACGGCCCCGUCCCGGAUCAGAAUGGCGACGUGGCCGGCAAAGCCCACCCCGAUGGGGACGUGCCCCAGCAGAACGGCGACUGUCACCCCGGGGACAAGAACCCCGACGUCGGCAUGGAUUUGGAUUAGGGGGCUAAGCG